UGGUUUUUCUGAAAAAGGAAAAGGUAAAUAACUAGAUAAAUAAAAGGAUGAAGAAUUUUGAAAUAUACCAAUCAAGGAAAAAAUGGAGGGGGUGACCUGGUCAAGCAUGUCCACCAUGGAUUCUGAGAUGAAUUUCUAUCUUCAUGCAUAGCCCUUGAGGUGUCAACCUCUUCAUAAUUUGAAAGCAGUCGGACACCCAAACCUUCUCUUCUCAUUCUCUCUCUCCCAACAAAAUAAACAGAACUUCCCAAAUCCCUUUUUGGAGGUUACCUUCCUCCCCUUGACAAAAUGUCCCUCUCCAUCUUCCUCCUAUGGCUGGUUAGCAUUCCCUUCUUCGUCCAUUCUUCCCCUGAUCAGCCUACAGGUCUGCUGAUAACCUGUGGCUCCUCGGUUAAACAGACUAUACCUGGCACCAAACUCACCUAUAUCCCUGAUGAUGGCUUUACAUUUGUUGGAAACAAAACAGCUCUUAAGAACAAAGAUUUGCUGCCCAUACUAACAACAUUGCGAUACUUUCCCGAUAAGUCAGCAAGAAAAUAUUGCUACACAUUCCAGGCAAUUAAAGGAGGGAAAUAUCUAGUGAGAACUAUCUAUUAUUAUGGGGGUUUUGAUGGAGGGGAACAGCCGCCAGUGUUUGAUCAGAUUAUUGGAGGGACUAAAUGGAGCGUUGUUAAUACCACAGAGGAUUAUGCAAAUGGACUAACUUCAUAUUAUGAGGUCAUUGUGGUUGCCCCUACCACAACCCUGAGCGUUUGCCUUGCAAGAAAUAAGCAAACUGCUUCGAGUUCAAGCCCUUUUAUAUCAGCCAUUGAAGUGCUUUUUCUUGAUGAUUCUAUGUAUAAUUCCACAGAUUUUAAUGAAUAUGCUCUUGCUACAGUGGCAAGAAGUACCUUUGGAAAUCAGGAGGACAGCAUCAGCUUUCCAGAUGAUCCAUAUUAUCGAUUGUGGCAACCAUUCAAGGACAAAAACGCCGUUGUUUCAAGCCAAUCCAGUGUAAGCACUUCAGAAUUUUGGAACAAGCCACCAGCCAAAGCAUUUGUAACGGCAAUCACAACAAGUCCAGGGAAGAAACUUGAAGUCCAGUGGCCACCCGUGUCACUUCCUAGUACCAACUACCACAUUUCCUUGUAUUUCCAGGACAACAGAAAACCAGACACAAAUGCCUGGAGAGUCUUUAGUAUUGCAGUAAAUGGGAAGACUUUCUACAGUAAUCUCAAUGUCUCAACUGGUGGCGUGACUGUGUAUUCACCGCAAUGGCCUCUGUCUGGGCAGACACUAAUCAGCCUGACUCCUGAUGUUAAAAGUUCUGAUGGGCCCCUGAUCAAUGCUGGUGAAAUCUAUCAGAUUUUGCCUCUUGGUGGAAGGACUCUUACAAGAGAUGUGGCGGCAAUGGAAGAAUUGGCAAGAAGCUUCAACAACCCACCGCCUGAUUGGACAGGUGAUCCAUGUUUGCCCCUGGAGAACUCAUGGACAGGAGUUACUUGUUCUAAAGAUAAAAUGGCUAGAGUUAUUUCUCUGGAUCUUACAAACUUUGGAAUAUCUGGCAGUCUAGCUCCAACUAUAGACAAUUUAACUGCAAUCCAUCAUCUUUGGUUAGGGGGCAACCAAAUCUCGGGUUCCAUACCAGAGAUGUAUUCAUUGGGUCGGCUUGAAACUCUGCAUUUGGAGAAUAACAGCUUUACAGGGCCAAUCCCCAAAUCAUUUGGCAAACUUGGGAAUCUUCGUGAGAUAUUCCUUCAGAACAACAAUCUUGAUGGUUCAAUUCCUGACGAACUACAAGGGAAGAAGGGCAUAAAUCUUCAGGUGUCUCCUGGAAAUCAUCUAUCAGCAUAAUGCUAAUAAAGAAGGAUAUAAGAGAGCAACAAAAAUUUCAGCGCCAAGUGAAUGAUCUCAUCGGGAAGUUGUGGCCUUUGUGAGUAUCUUCACGCAGACUGGUGGGGAAAGCGGAGAGAGAUCCAUCGGCUGCUUGUUUCUUUAGGGAAGGUUUAGAUAUUUUUAUGUCUCUAAUCAAGCAAUGCUGGAAUUGCUUGAUCUUGCUAAAUCAAAAUCGAGCUCCAGGGAAAACUGUAACUACACAAAUCCCUUAUACACCGAUAAAACAUAGU